AUGGUGCAAGCAACUCCCUUCCCCCUCGUGCUCUUCCUGGCCCUGGGGGCUCAUGGCCUCUCUGUGAAAAAGUGCUCCCUGACUGGGACUUGGGAGAAUGACCUGGGCUCCAACAUGACCAUCAUGAUGGUGAAUGCAAAUGGUGACUUUGCUGGCAUAUACUACACAGCUGUGUCAGCCACCACAAAAAAGAUUGAGCUGUCACCAUUGCUGGGGUCCCAGCACCAGCCAUAUCUGCUGAAGCAGCCCACCUUUGGCUUCACUGUCCAUUGGACUUUCUCAGACUCCGUCACGGUUUUCACGGGCCAGUGCUUUGUGGAUGAGGAUGGAAAGGAGGUGUUGAAGACCAUGUGGCUGCUGAGGUCACACGCGGACAAACGCAGAGACGACUGGAAAGCCACCUUGGUCGGCUACAAUGAAUUCAAGCGCCUGGAAAAGCACAUGGAGCCGGGGUGGUAGCACUGGAGUUCCCAGAGAGGAGG